CGUGACGUCAUCGGCGGCCGGGGCGUGACGUCACCACUGGGCGGCGGCCGCGGGGCAUGUGGGUCGGUCCGGUAUGCGUCUGCCGCUCGGGGGCCGUCUGACGCUGCCGCCGCUGGUCCUGGUGCUGGUGCUGGUGGUGGUGGUGCUGAGGUCGGACUGUGCUGCUGGUGCGGGCCGCGGCAGGCGGCAACUCACUGUGCUUGGUCUGUUCGACAUGGACGCGGCCCGGUGCCGGCGGGCGUGCGGCCGGGCGCCUCAUGAGGGUCACUCGGACCUGGCGGCCGUGCAGCUGGCGGUGCAGCAUGUCAACCGGCGGCGACUGGUGCCCGGCUAUCGGCUGCGGCUCAUCACCAACAACACCCAGUGCAGCGCCGGAGUUGGGGUGGACGCCUUCUUCCACGCUCUAUACACGCGGAAGUCGAGCCGAACGAUAGCACUGAUCGGCACCGGCUGCUCGGAGGUGACCGAGCACCUGGCGCAGAUUGUCCCCUACUGGAACAUACUGCAGAUGUCGUUUGGGUCGUUCUCGCCCGUCCUCAGCGACCGCACGACAUUUCCGCUGUUCUUCCGUACCUCGCCGCCCGAGUCGGCGCACAACCUGGCGCGGCUGGCGUUUGUUGCGCACCACCGCUGGGACGCCGUGGCGACCGUCAGCGAGAACCUCAACGUGCACACACUGGCGAUGAACGAGCUGGUAACGGAGCUGGAGGCGAACAACGUCACGCUGCUGGCCACGGUCACACUGGACGCCAACGACUACCGGGAGCAGCUGAACUCGCUAAAGGAUCGAGACGUUCGGAUCAUCAUUGGCAGCUUUUCCACAGCGAUGACGGGCAAAAUAUUUUGCGAGGCGUACCGUCUGGGGAUGUUCGGCGCCGACUACGUCUGGCUGCUGUACGGCAGCAUCUCGGAACGCUGGUGGCUGCGGCAGCCGCCGGACGGCUGUCGAGCUGCUGAGAUGAGAGCUGCCGCAGCCCACCUGCUGCUGGUGGACAGCUUCAGCGAGACCCGGCCGGGAGCCCGGCCCGCUUCUGGACUAAGUUCGGCGGCGUUCCGUCGCGCGCUGCAGCUGCGUGGUGUACCCAUCACCCGUACCGCCUCCCUGGCCUACGACGCGCUCUGGAGCGUUGCGCUGGCUCUGCGGGCCACCCAGCGGCGGUGGAGGGCCCGCGGGGAGCGGCGCGCUCUCUAUCGCUUCGACUACAGCCACGCCGGCACGGCUGCCGACCUGUUCAGCGCCACGCAGCGACUCAACUUCACCGGCGUCUCGGGGCCAGUGAGUUUUGACGGCGCUGACCGGCGCGGUCUCACGGCCUUCUACCAGCUUCAAGGCGACAACCUGACCCUGGUGGCGCUGUACGACCCGCGCGGCGGCGGCUCGCUGGAGCUGCGCUGCGCCGCCUGCACUGCCAUCUGGUGGCCGGGCGGCGAGGUGCCGGUGGCGCGCCGUCUGGUGGUGGCGCGCGUAGUGACGGUGGCUGGCGCGGCGCUGCUCGUCGUCGGCUGCCUGGCCGUGCUCGGGGUGCUGCUCUCCGGCACCUUCCUCGCCUUCAACGUCUACUACAAGCACAUGAAACAGGUGAAGCUGUCCAGUCCCAAACUGAACAGCAUCACCGCCGUCGGCUGCAUGCUGGUGUACGUCGCCGUCGUUUUGCUGGGGCUAGACUACGCCACGCUGACGAGCACGCGGCACUUCGACGUCGUGUGUACGGCUCGAGUGUACCUCUUUAGCACGGGCUUCUCGCUGGCUUUCGGUGCCAUGUUCACCAAAACGUUCCGCGUGCACCAGAUCUUCAUCGGUAGUCGGACCGGCGUCAUCAAAAACAAGAUGCUGCAGGACACGCAGUUGAUAGCGCUGAUCCUAGUGCUGUUGCUGAUCGACUGUGUCAUCGCCACGCUGUGGGUGACGCUGGACCCGCUACAGCGUCAGCUACGUAACCUGACUAUGGAGUACGCUCCUGGGGACCGCGGCGUCGUCUACCUCCCGCAGGUGGAGGUGUGCCAUUCUCAGCACGAGCACAAGUGGCUGGGCGCUCUGUACGUCUACAAGGGCCUCCUGCUAACCGUGGCAGUGUAUAUGGCGUGGGAGACCAGAGGGGUGAAGAUCCCCGCGCUGAACGACUCCCGCUACAUCGGGCUCAGCGUGUACAACGUGGUCAUCACGAGUGUGAUCGUAGUCACCAUGGCCAACGCCGUCUGGGACCGGGUCACCCUCGCCUUCGUCCUCAUCGCGUCCCUCAUCAUCAUGUCCACCACGACCACACUCUGUCUGCUCUUCCUUCCAAAGUGCAGGAUGCUGCUCAUUGCUGGCUCGUAG